CCAUCUCUCUCUACCAUAACACUUUGUCUGGUCCCAUUCCUUCUUGCCUUGGAAACUUGUCACAGCUCAAACUCCUGUACCUCGUCAACAACGGCAUCAAUGGUCCAAUUCCUCAUGAAUUCGGCAAUCUGGUCAACAUGGAGGAUCUCAGGCUGUCAGAGAAUCUCUUAACAGGCACCAUCCCUUCUAGUUUAGGGAACCUAACAAAUCUAGAGAUUCUGUACAUCAGCAUGAACGAGCUAUCCGGGCCAAUACCACCAGUUCUUGGGAGACUGUCCAUGCUUAAAUCUUUGUCAUUGAGCUUUAAUCAACUCUCAGGAACCAUUCCUCAUGCACUAGGAAAUUUGCUGAGUCUGGAAGAUCUGCUAGUCUCCAAGAAUCAGUUAUCUGGUCUGGUUCCCCCAUCUUUUGGCAACCUGACGAGGCUGACAGACCUGGAGAUCUUCCAGAAUCAGCUCUCAGGUCCUUUGCCUCAAGAACUAGCUAACCUCACCAACAUCUCUCAGCUGCAGUUGAGUAACAACGACUUCUCAGGCCCUUUGCCUCCAGAUGUAUGCAAGGGAGGAAAGCUCGAGUAUUUCGGCGCGAUUGAAAACCGUUUCGAUGGUCCGAUAUCGAGAAGCUUGAGGAACUGCACCAGUCUGGUAAGGCUUCUACUGAGCACUAACCAUCUCACAGGUGAUGUCUCCCAAGUCUUCGGAGUGUACCCUAAUCUGGAAUUCGUCGAUCUAAGCGACAAUAGAUUCUCCGGCGAACUCUCGACGAACUGGGUCAAGUGUCCAAACUUAGCCACUCUGCACAUGUCAGGCAACAAGAUCACAGGAAGAAUACCUCCUCCGUUUGGCAACAUGACUCGGUUGGCAUCACUUGAUCUAUCUUCUAAUCAGAUAGUUAGAGAGGUGCCAAAGCAACUGGGUGGUUUAACCUCACUGCUAUAUCUGAAUCUAAGCAAUAACCUAUUGUCAGGGAGAAUACCAUCAGAGAUCGGAAACUUGUCUAGCUUAGCCACUCUUGAUCUCUCUAACAACCACCUUACUGAGACCAUACCCAUGCAAAUAGGGCAGUGCCUUAAACUCCUUGACCUGAGGUUGAGUGCAAAUGAGCUGAAUGGAAGCAUUCCUCUGGAGAUUGGGAGGCUAGUGAACAUCCAAGAGAUGCUUGACCUCAGUCAUAAUUCUCUCACAGGGACCAUCCCAAGUGACAUUGGCAGGCUUGAUAAGCUGGAAAACCUGAACCUCUCACAUAAUGGACUUUCCGGUUCCCUUCCAUCAAGCUACAGUGACAUGCAAAGCUUGUUAACCUUUGAUGUGUCGUACAACAACUUGGAAGGGCCAAUUCCUGAGAAUCGAUUCUUGCGGAAUGCGCAGGUAGAAUGGUUUGAGCACAACAAAGGCUUGUGCGGCAAAGUGCUUCAUUUAUCUCCAUGUCCACAACCUGCAAGCCGCCAUGGUUCAAACAAGCGCCGCAAAAUAGUUCUUGCAAGUGUGCUUCCUCCAGUGGUGCUUCUUUUCCUCGUGAUUCUACUCGGAUUGAUCAUUACACUCCGCGUUCGACGGAAAAAUCUGAAGGAAAACAACACGGAAGCCUCCGAUAAGGAUCUACUUUCUGCGUUGGAUUUUGAUGGAAAGGUUCUGUAUGAUGAAAUCGUUGAAGCCACAGAAAACUUUGAUGAGAAGUACUGUAUUGGGGUGGGAGGAUACAGCAGUGUCUACAAAGCACAGCUCCGUACAGGCCAGGUAGUAGCUGUUAAGAAGCUUCAUUCUUUAGACGAUGAGAGAGGAUUCAGGAGUGAGAUUGAGGCCCUGACCAAGAUACGGCAUCGUAACAUCGUGAGAUUUUAUGGCUUCUGCUCUCAUGCUCGGUGCAUGUUUCUCAUCUAUGACUACAUUGAGAAGGGCAACUUAUCGACCAUUCUGAGCAGUGAAGAAGUAGCCACCGAACUGGACUGGAGUAAGAGAGUAUGCCUCAUCAAGGAUGUGGCCGAUGCUUUGUCCUACAUGCACCAUGAUUGCAGUCCGCCUGUCGUGCACCGAGACAUAUCGAGCAAGAACAUUCUGCUGGAUUCAGAGCUCAAGGCUCGUGUUGCAGACUUUGGCAUUGCAAGGUCAGUGAAUCCGGAUUCGUCGAAUUGGAGUGAGCAUGCAGGCACACCCGGAUACAUGGCACCAGAGCUUUCUUACACCAUGAAGAUCACCGAGAAGCAUGAUGUGUAUAGCUUUGGCGUGGUGAUUCUGGAAGUGCUGCAAGGGAGGCAUCCUGGGGAGCUCAUCUCCGCUUGGCCAUCAGAUGGUCAAAGUAUAUUGCUCAUGGAUCUACUGGACCAACGUAUCCCACUCCCAACACCGGAGGAAUCAAAUGCUGUGAUGUUGGCUGCAAAGCUUGCGCUACAAUGCAUCAGCAUCAGACCACAGUCUCGACCAAGCAUGCAACAUGUAUCUCAAGCACUUGAUGCUGGCAAGGUUGAAGCUACUCGGCAGCCUUUUCACACAGUUCAAUUGCAUCGGUUGAUGAGGUUCACAUGAAAUAAAGCAUUGGAAGAUUGCAAGCAUGACAGAACUUUAGCAUUUUUAUACUAGCAUAUAUAUGUAGAUUUUCAUGUAUAUCAUACAUUGUAAGGGUCAGUUGCAUGGAAGAUUUGGGAUUUUUAUUCCUUGAUAUACAUUGUAAGGGUCAUUUUUAUACUACAAUCACAAUGCAUCACUUUGCAUGAUCACAUGGAACUUUGGCAUUUUUAUUGCGUGCAUGUCUCAUCUAUUAUCAUGUUUUACCAUAUGUAAGUAUGAUCCAAAAUAAAUGCAACAAAA